ACCUGGAGUCGAAGAUGAACUGGGGGUCCUUUUAUGCCGUGAUCAGCGGCGUAAACAGGCACUCGACUGGCAUUGGACGCAUUUGGCUCUCUGUCAUCUUCAUCUUCCGCAUCCUGGUCCUGGUGGUGGCCGCGGAGAGCGUUUGGGGGGACGAGAAGUCCGGCUUCAUCUGCAACACCCAGCAGCCCGGCUGCAACAGCGUCUGCUACGACCAGUUCUUCCCCAUCUCGCACAUCCGACUGUGGGCGCUGCAGCUCAUCCUGGUCUCCACCCCCGCGCUGCUGGUGGCCAUGCACGUGGCCCACAGGAGGCACAUCGACAAGAAGAUCCUGAAGAGGGCGGGCCGCAGCAGCCCCAAGGAGCUGGAGCACAUCAAGAACCAGAAGUUCCAGAUCACGGGAGCUCUGUGGUGGACAUACAUGAUCAGCAUCAUCUUCAGGAUCGUCUUCGAGGCGGCCUUUCUCUACAUCUUCUACUUGAUCUAUCCGGACUUUAAGAUGGUGCGCUUGGUGAAAUGUGACUCGUAUCCGUGCCCCAACACGGUGGACUGCUUUGUCUCCAGACCCACAGAAAAGACCAUCUUCACUGUGUUCAUGCUGGCUGUAUCAGGGGUGUGUGUGCUGCUCAACCUGGCCGAGGUGGCCUAUCUCAUAGGCAGGGCCUGCAAACGCUGCGUGGGCGGCUCUGAGGAGGAGUCAAAAAACGCUUGGAUAAGUCAGAGGUUGUCUUCCUAUAGGCAAAACGAAAUCAAUCAGCUGAUAGCAGAUCACUCACUCAAGCCAAAGUUCACUGUGACUAAGAAAAGCCCACCUGAGAACGACACCGAGUCCAGUCAAAACCAACGGAAGAAGACCCCGGGGCCUGGAUCCCGAGUCCUGCCAAAGUUCAACUAUGAAGACAGACGACUAAUCAUGGGGGACUGGAACCUGCUGGGAAAGCUUUUAGAAAAAGCCCAGGAGCACUCCACCGUGGUGGGAAAGGUGUGGCUCACUGUCCUGUUCAUCUUCCGCAUCCUGAUCCUGAGCGCUGCGACAGAGAAGGUGUGGGGCGACGAGCAGUCGGGCUUCACCUGCGACACCAAGCAGCCUGGUUGCGAGAACGUGUGCUACGAUAUUACCUUCCCCAUCUCCCACGUCCGCUUCUGGGUGCUGCAGAUUAUCUUUGUCUCCACGCCUACCUUAAUCUACCUGGGGCACAUACUCCACCUGGUGCGGAUGGAGGAGAAACACAGAGAGAGGCACAAGGAUCAUCACUCGGACAAACUAAUGGGUGAUGCUAAUCCCAAAAAAGCCCUGAUAAGGGACGAGAAAGGGCGGGUGCGCCUGCAGGGGGAGCUCCUGCGCACGUAUGUCUUCAAUGUGAUCUUUAAAACACUGUUUGAGGUGGGAUUCAUCGUGGCCCAGUACCUUUUGUACGGCUUUGAGCUGAAACCCAUGUACACCUGUGACAGACACCCCUGUCCCAACACGGUUAACUGUUACAUAUCCCGCCCCACGGAGAAAACCAUCUUCAUCAUUUUCAUGCUUGGAGUGGCCAGCUUGUCUUUGCUCCUCAACCUCAUAGAAGUCUAUCACCUGGGUUUCACCAAGUGCCGCCAGGGCAUCACCUUCAGGAGGAGGCAGCGGUCCCCCGAGUUCAUCUCCAAAGAGCCCAGUGAGGCCGCCGUGCCGCUGGUGCCCAGCUUCGAUGACUAUUUUCCUGCCCAUCGCCAAGUCCAGCCCGUCUACCCGCCCGUACCCAGCUACAACCUCACCCCUCUGUCCGAGGGCACAGACUCAUCCUUCCAUCCCUACCACAGCAAGGCGGCUUACAAACAGAACAAGGACAACUUGGCGGUGGAAAGGAGCAGCAGCAAGCCAGAGGAAUUUGACCUGAAAGGAAAGAGAGGAGCCGGAUCGGCCCCCGGGUCGCCUACGCAGGCUAGGCCAGGCCACGGAAGCAAACACAGCGGCAACAAGACCAGAAUAGACGAUCUGAAGAUA